CUUUCCUGCAUGUAUAUAACCCGGAUACUCCUCUAGACCAGCAAACUUCUACUCUUCUCACUCAUCUGUCUCCUCCAGCCUUGGAAUUAGAAAUUCUCAGACAUUCUGAGAGAGAUUGAGAUACCCAUGCAUGGGAGAUUAAUGAGGUUUUGGUGACCAGGGAGAUACAACAUAGCAUCUGCAGGAGAGCCCUGCCUUUCUGAGCAGCAGAAGCUGAAAGCAUCUAAAAUGUGGAUGCCACCUUGUUUAGAUAUCCAAAUUGCUCACAACCAGAUGACAUAAACUUUGAAUGUGGAAAGGAGAUGUUUCUAAGUUGAUUCUUUGGGAUAGCAAUUAACUAAGUGCCAUUUUCCAUAGCAGGCAGCUUCACAGGUCUUAGCUGGGUGGAUAAUGAAGAACUGUUGGUGACUUAGAUCACUUAAAGGUGCUGCUUUCUGGCUAUUACAUAAAAGAGCACAACUGGUCUGAUUUCCUGUGGGUUCCUAAGUCUCAUGAGUGUAGUCUAUCCAUCUCUGCUGAAUCCCAAAUUCUGAAUGUGUCCUUUGAAUACAUUGGUGGUUUUUCAACCAUGUUCUACCUACAGCCUGUAGCUAUAGAGAAGAAAAGUAGUAGUAUAAAACAUAAUCGCAUUCCUAUGGGAUAAAUAAAACCAGGGUGCUGUACAGAGUAGAAUGACUCAGACUACUGCCCCACUAGGGAAAAGCAGGUAAAAGUCACCUGUUUCCAGCUUUUAGUAGUUAGCUCAGCAUGGAUGCUGGCCGGCUCAUCUGCACCCAUCUUGCUAGAGACCACUGGAAGCACCAGAAGUAACACAGGGAAUAUCUGAGGCCUUUCCAUUCUGAGCAGUGUUAAAUUCUGUUCCACUGGUGUCAGUGCUAAUACUGCAUGAUUGUACUUUGAAAAUACUAAGAUAACUGUGUAUAUUACCAAAACGUAUUUUCAAAUCUCUCUUUCUUGUUUUAGAAAACAAACAACAAAAGGAAAUAGAUAAAAUGGAGCACAUGUUACUGCUGUUCAUACUUUUCAUACCUAUAUUGGGUCUCACUAAUGGAACAGAAACUGAACAAGAUUUUACUUGGCACUUAAAGAAGAUUCCCCAGAUUGUGAGCGAAAGAACUUUCUCCCUUGAGACCCCUAAAUUUGAAGCGAAAACCAACUUGGAACUGAACAGUGUAUGUGGAAUUGAGUGUCAAAGAAAAUUGCCGGUGCCAAGCUUGUCUGACUUGAAGGAUCUCCUAUCCUAUGAGACUGUUUUUGAAAACGGCACACGGACCCUGACUGAAGUGAACGUCCUCGGACUAGCGCUUGACCCAGCUGGAAACACCACCACACGAAGGGCUCCGAGAAAGAAGAGGCAGAUCUAUGGGACCGACAGUAGGUUCAGCAUCUAUGACAAGCGGUUUAUGACCAACUUUCCGUUCAACACAGCUGUGAAGAUUUCCACCGGCUGCAGUGGUAUUCUCAUUUCCCCCAAGCACGUGCUAACAGCUGCCCACUGUCUGCACAAUGGCAAGGAUUAUGUUAAGGGCAGCAAAAGACUGAGGGUGGGCCUGAUGAAGACGAAAUCCAGAGGUGAUGGCAGGAAACGCAAAGGUGCUAGAAGGAGUAGGAGAGAAGUUUCUGCAGCCCAAGAAGAUCCUGAAGUUGCCGCAGAGCUAAGGCGACAAUCCAAAGGUGGCAGGAGAAAGCAGAGGAGAUCUGGGAGGAAGCAGGGGACCUCAGACAGCAUGCCCUCCUUUCAGUGGACCAGGGUGAAGAGUACCCACAUCCCUAAAGGCUGGUUUAAGGGUGUUUCUGGGGAUAUUGCCCUGGAUUAUGAUUAUGCUGUUCUUGAGCUCAAGCGUCCCCACAAAAGAAAAUACAUGGAGCUGGGAAUCAGCCCAACAAUCAAAAUGAUGCCCAGAAGCAUGAUCCAUUUCUCAGGUUUUGACAAUGAUCGAUCUGGGCAGCUGGUCUAUAGAUUUUGUAGCAUUUCUGAUGAGUCCAGUGAUCUCUUUUAUCAGUAUUGUGAUGCUGAGCCCGGCUCCACUGGAUCUGGCAUCUAUCUCCGCCUUAAGGAACCCAACAAAAAGAAAUGGAAACGUAAGAUCAUCGCUGUUUACUCAGGCCAUCAGUGGGUGGACGUCAAUGGUGAACAGCAGGAUUACAAUGUAGCAGUAAGAAUUACUCCUCUCAAAUAUGCCCAAAUUUGUUUCUGGAUACAUGGGAAUGAUGAGAACUGCACGCAAGGCUGAAGAGAGCUGAGCCUGACUCGCUAGCACCCGUAUUACUACAGAAUGAAUGUCUACUGCAGCAGUUACUGGAAGAACAUCCCUCCAUGUCAGGAUGUUUUUGAACUCAAAGCUCACAAGUAAUGUUAUGGUGACUUGAGGAACGCUGAAUUGCUGGGGGAUGGGUAGAAUUGUCAAACAAAAUAUUUCUAGUUGUAAUCAACCCUAGAUAUGCACUUAAAAUCCCAAACUGUAUUUAUGUUUGGAAUUCUGAUAAAUUCCAAUCAUUCACAUCAGAAAAAAAAAUUACUACACCUGCUUGUCAUUUUUUUUUUUUCCAAAGGGAAGGAUUGAAACAUCUCAAACUGGCAUUAUUAAACAAUAUCUAUUUUUUCCAAUGGAUUUGCUUUUCUCAGGGUUCUGUUCCAAUUCUUCAAAUGCAAUCUGUACGUACAGCACAUUACCAUAUGUGCAGAAUGAUCCAGAGAACUGCAUGAGACCAAGCCAUUGUUUUGGCAUUUUCUAAAGACCACAGCUCCAUGUUGGGAAGCAGCAAUCUAGUUCAUGCUUGUUUGUUUGGGAAACUUCAUCCUCUGGUUGCUGCAGGAGCAAUUCCAUGGAAAUCCCAAACUUCUGUAGCUG